CCGAUCAAGGUCUGGAAACCAUAAGAAAAGUACAGUACAACCGGUGAGGUUUCGCCUUUUCGACAAUUACUUCGAGGGAACAAGUGGCUUUUCUUAGCUGAAGCUAAACAAGCACUCAUUGCGCGACAACCAAGAUGAGAUCACAUAUUAUUGUGCAACAUCGUACAAUAUUAUUCGCCCGGCCCGUUGGCCAUCGGCCAGGCCCGCUGCUGUUUGAGGUGUUUGGGUGAACUCUACCGCCCGGUUGCGUAGGAUGGAUGAAGUGAUGCGGCGCGGCCAACAACAGCCGGGCCCGGAGGCGACCGCCGUCAUCAUGCAGCAGACCGCGCCGGUUUUGGUGACUCGAGAGGAGGCAAUAAGUGUCAGUCGGCCGCGCCUUAACUGCCUUGAGCAGACGUUCCCGUUGCAGUUUUGCCAUGGCCACCAGAGCAACCUACGAAAAAAGAGGACCAAAGUAGGGGCGACCGCGAGACAUGGCAGGCGAUAUUGGCCCAAACGGCAGCUUUUAUCUUGGCUCAUCCUAACGAAUUCGCAUAUCUUAUGCACGAUGCCGACAUACUACAGCCCUCCUCCUCCAACCCGUUCCUCCGCCCCAGUCGCAUCCCGCUCCAUCUCAUUCUCGCACUCCGCGCAAACCAGAAGGGGCAGCAACACCACUGCCGCCACCACCAGUAACCGGACCAACCCAUCCGCUCUCGAACCCGACAAGCAUGACAGACCCGCCGCGGGCGGAUACGAGAAGAAGUUCCCUUACCUCUUUCUCGGCAGCAUCGCCGCCGCCUCGCUGCUAGCUCACAAGCACUGGCCCAAGGGCUUCCCCUAUGGCGAGAAGGAGGACUGGGAGCUGUCGGACCUUGCUUUGCGGGCCAAGCACAGGCGGCUAGCCGAGAAGGCCGAGAAAACUGAAAAGGCAGCUCGUCAGGUAGCGCGAGAGUGCCUUCGCCGCCGUGAGAGGAGAGGUGGUGGUGGUGGUGGUUGGUGCGAAAGAGACUGCAACGCAUGUGACGACGCCGCCGAAGGAUUGCGAGGCCGCUGUCGCGGGUACGGGCGCGGACGUGGCAAGUGCUACGCAUGCGCGGACGAAACGUAUGGGCACGUUGACGACGCCCUGAGCUGGGAGCGGCCCCGAGACCGCUGGGGUUCGUCGACCCGGAGCGCGGGCAGCGAAAGUCGAGACCGUGACCGUGACCGGGCUUGCAGCACAUGCGGAUACUCUGUGUUCUCAUCCCGGCGAGCUUCUAGUCGCGACCUUGCUGACCUUUCCAUGGCAACCGCUGCUUACCGCCCGUCAGUCCCAGAACGAUACCUGCUCGAACAAAGCUCGUCUACAGCCGAUGUGUCGCACCCAGGGCUACGGUACUACCUCAAGCGGAGUUCGUCGAUUACAAGUUCGAAUACAGGGUCGAGGGUCUUGAGCUCAACACAGCAGAGCCACUGCGACGACAGCCGCCCCGGAGAAGUCUACGUCUACCGAGAUAGGCCGACGAGGUGGAGGCGAGCUUCCUCUGACAUGAGCAGAGAUGGGCGAGAUGUUGGGGGGUACAGCUGGGACUAUUGAGCCAGUUCAUUCAUUGUUGGGCCAAAUGAUUCUGGAAGGGCUGGCCGGGCCCCCAUUUUUUUCUUUAGCUGGUGCCUGUCUGAUAAAUAGAGCAGCAUCUCCAUCGAACUGAGACCGGUGACCCUCCAAUGUUGGUCUGUGAGAGCGAUGUCGAGGACCCGAGCCAUUUUAUUCCUGCAAACAUCCGGAAGGAUACACACCGGGACGAUCGCAUUUUCGCGACAGAGCACCGCACGAACCCAGAUGGUUAGAUGGAUUUCGAAAUCCCACUUCAUCGCUAGGCUCUCCGCCCGCGGCAUGUGCACCGGCUUAACUCGGUGGUUCAGGAAGCCAUUCCAACAGAAACAACUAGAAGGGUUCAACUAGAGACGUCGCCAGGUGGGCAGCCAAGCCCGUCAGCAUCAUCAUCAUUAUCAU